ACACACACACACACACACACACACACGCACACACACACGCACACACACACGGGGAUACAACGCAUUGCGGUCGAUGAGGUUGAGGCGCAGCUGCAGAUCGAGAUCUGCAGGGAGCUGGAUGCUCGGCGUGGCAACACGCCAUGGCGUCGCCGUUGCGCUGUUGCUGUCGACCCUCGCGUGCUCCAGCGUCUUGUUCAGCUCCACAAACGCCGGCACAGUGAUGAUGGAGACGGAGCAUGGCACGCAGCUUGGCUUGCAGCACUUUGACGUGUCCUGGCACAGGCAGAUUUACACCCGCUUUCGGCUGUUCAUGUUCUUCUAUAACCAAACGGGCGCGCCGGACCUUGUGGCCGAGAAGGAGUGCCCGCAAGACACGCCCGAGGUGUGCCACUACCUCUUCAAUCACACCUACAGCGUCGGCCUUCACACAGCGAGGGUGUUUGUGCAGCACCAUUUCUUGGAGGAGCGCUGGGAGCCCGAAGGGUCUGCGGAGGUGACCUUCUUCACCCCGGCCAACCUCACCUCGUGCCAAGUGCAAGGCCCACCAGAGCAGGCCGUGCGGGUGAACGCGCCAUUUGAACUCACGGUGUCCGUGUUCCCGGACCCGGCACUGACGCGCCCGACCACGUAUCGCUGGAACGGCCUCAACCCACACACGGCCGUGGUCACGCACACGCCCAACGUCACGUACGCCCUCAACACCACGGGGGUGCACACCAUCCGCACGGCUGCAGAGAACGAGUGGUCUGCAUCCACGUGCACCUACAACUUGGAGGCGCAGGCGCCCGUGUCCAUCCUGAGCAUCGACGCGAGCAUCACGUCACCCGGCGGUGGGCCUGGGACAAGGAGCAGAAGGGACGACGGCAGUGUCGGCAGUCCUGGCAACACUGACAGCGGCCCAAGUUAUCAUGAUGAUGGUGGCGGUGGUGCUGGCAGUGCUGCUGCACGUGACCAGGCAUACAGCGGAGGUGCGCCAGCGUCGCCAUCAUCGCGAUCGUGGUGGUGGCCGUCGUCAUGGUGGGGUGAAGCCAGAUACGGCAGGGGUGACAGCCACAGUGGUGCUGGUGGUGUUCGUGGUGUUGACCACGAAGGCAGUGGUAUUGGUCGACAGGGCCGACGCCGAGCACCGCGUGCCGUGCAUGCAGUGCCUGUGGAAGAGUUUGGGGACCUGAACAACAUCACCAAGAGCAUGAGUGUGUAUCUUGGACAGGAGCUGCUGAUCAACUGCACCUUUAACGGCACGCGGCCGCUGUUUGCGUACCACUUUUCCGACGACAACACGACUGUGUUUGCGGAGGACGAGUGCCGGGCGUCCCACAUCUUCAACAGCACGGGCAAGCACGUGGUGCUGCUCACCGCCAACAACGCCAUCAGCAUCUCCAACCACGCCCGUCUGAAGGUCUCCGUGGAGCGCCGGGUUGACAAGAUUGUCGUUCCCGCCGUUGCCGCCCCGCUCAUCAUCACCAUUGUUGUCCUCCUCGUCAUGUUCUCCGUGCACAGGUACCACCGGUGGCUCGUGUCGACGCGAGGGCUGGAGGUUGCGCGGCACGACUUUGUCGAGUCGCCGGGAAACCGCAACCGCAACCGCCCGCGCCCGUCUCCGCUGAAGAAGAAAUACGGCACCGUGGAGAUGUUUGCGAUAUGAUCGAUAGUUUGGGGGGAGGAACAGAUGAGAUGCACAUGAUCGGAGAUGGCCGGACAGGGUGAAGUAUCGUGAUAUGUGGGGACUUGGAUGUGGUGGUGGUUCGGAUGAAUGGUGUGGUGUGCGCGUCCUCCUUGGUUGACGGUGUGUUCAUCACCCUGCUCUUUGCUGCUCCUGUGAGCUGCGGGCGGCGACGAUGCCAGCGCCGUUCCGGUUCCCACUGCUGGCUGGGGAUGCGUUUUUGCUUCGCUUCUUGUGGUGUUUGACUUUUGUUUUGUUUUGUUGCUUUGUUGCUUUGAAGUUGACCGCGUAUUUGGCUCUUUUUCGUUUGAGUCCAGUCGUUACCCUUUUCAUAUCUGCACAGGCAGCCAUGAUCACCUGUGCGUGCACACUGUUCAAGCACCUGUCUCAUCGCAUCACCCACUCACCCCACGCACACACACGAACAGAUGCCAUUGCCAUGCUACUCUGCUCUCUCCUUUCCUUUGCUGCUUCUUGUGUUGGUAAUUGCUCACAUUUCGUUGACCGCGUCGCUGUCAGCGCAGUUUUCCUUGCGGUGCCUUUCUUUCUGUUUCAACUGGCUGGCUGCUGUGUGCAUGGUGUUGCGCUGUCGUGACUUGGUGUCGUGCUGCCGGCUGUGUUUGUGUGUUACUGUUGCGCGUCAGCCCCUUGUCCACUCAAAUCAUACAAUAGGAUCUCCGUUUUGCUUUUAUUGCAUUGAAUAAGGUGCAACAGCCAACAACACGCUCGUAGUGC